AUGGAGAUUACUUCGGGCUCCGGCCCCCAGAAAGAUGUUGUCGCGCCUGACACGAAGGCUGUCGAGGAAGGUCCCCGCCGCGCUGACGGUGUUACUCAACUUUACGAAGGAAACAUCUUCGAAACUACUCCUGAUGACCGUCGCCAAAUCGGUGUUGUUAGUGCCGCGUUCCUGAUCUUCAACCGUGUCAUUGGAACUGGUAUUUUUGCGACGCCGAGUACCAUCCUGGGACUCAGUGGCAGUGUUGGUCUGGCGCUGUUCAUGUGGGUGGCCGGCACACUUAUCGCCAUCGCUGGUACUGCUGUCUAUCUGGAAUGGGGUACUGCGAUUCCCAGGAACGGUGGUGAGAAGAACUACCUCGAAUACGUCUACAAGAAGCCCAAGUUCCUGGCCACGGCCAUGUAUGCCGCCUACGCCGUCCUGCUCGGUUGGGCUGCCAGUAACAGUGUCGUCUUUGGCCAAUACAUCCUCAACGCCGCCGAGGUCGAGGUCGACCGAUGGAACCAGCGUGGAAUCGGUCUUGCCUGUAUCACCACUGCCUUUCUCAUCCACGCCUUUGCCUUGAAGUGGGGUCUUCGUCUGCAGAACUUCCUCGGUGUCAUCAAGCUCAUCGUUAUCCUCAUCAUCAUCGUUACCGGCUGGGUUGCGCUAGCUGGCCAUACCAAGCUUCCUGAGAAGCCUCGCAACUUUACCAAUGCGUUCGAGGGAACCACGGGUUCUGGAUACGGUAUCGUCAUGUCGUUGUACAAUGUCAUUUGGUCGUUUAUCGGCUACUCCAACGCCAACUAUGCUCUGAGCGAGACCAAGAACCCUGUCCGCACCUUGAAGAUCGCUGCCCCAAUUGCCAUUGGAUCUGUCGGUAUUCUCUACAUGUUCGUAAACAUCGCUUACUUCGCCGCCGUCCCGAAGGACCAGUUUCUCGCUUCGGGCCAGAUUGUUGCCGCCGCAUUCUUUGGCAACAUGUUCGGCUCCACCGCGGAGAAGGCCAUGUCUGUUUUCGUCGCUCUCUCAGCCUUCGGAAACGUCCUCUCUGUGAUUUUCUCUCAAGGUCGAAUCAUCCAAGAACUUGGCCGUGAAGGUAUCCUUCCCUUUUCCAAGAUCUGGGCCUCCAACAAGCCAUUCAAGUCCCCCGCCGCCGGCCUUUUCGAGCACUGGGUCGUCUCCAUCAUCAUUAUGCUCGCCCCGCCCCCGGGGGACGCCUACAACUUCCUCUUGAACCUUAUCUCAUACCCCCUCUCGAUCGUCAACGUCUUCGUUUCCGCCGGUCUCAUCUACAUCUACCUCACCCGCGAGAAGAACUUCCCCAACUGGAAUCCGGGUAUCCGCGCAACCCUCCCUGUUACCAUCUUCUUCUGCCUCACAAACAUCUACCUCGUCAUCGCUCCGUACAUCCCCCCAUCCGAGGGCCAGAACGUCUACGAGGACCUCCCGUAUUACCUGCACUGUGUCGUCGCCCUAGGUAUCUUUGCCGCCGGUGCGAUCUACUACCUCGUUUGGGCGGUUGCUUUGCCUCGAAUCGGUGGAUACGUGCUUGUCAAGGAGACGGUUGUUGAUGCGGAUGGAUGGUCGCGGAGUGUUUUUACCAAGUUGCCGGUUGCAAGUGUGAAAGAAGCGAGGGCGCAUUUCUAG